CCAGGAGCUUUCAAUUCGCCCACUCCGGAUAACAUGGCAACUGAAGUCACCAAUUCUCCAAGUCCACACACCCCACCAAAGCCGACGCUCCCGUGGAAAACCAGGCUCUCUGGAAGAUUCCUCUCAGCCGUCAUCGACGCUGCAUGCCGCCACGAUGGCACCGUCAACCGCCGUCUCCUCCGUUUCUUGGACUUGAAAACCUCUCCCAACUGCAAACCCGUCAAGUCCGUAUCUUCCCUCGAUACCACCGUAGACCCCACCCGCAACCUCUGGUUCCGUCUCUACUCUCCCGUCUCCGUUUCCUCCGCUUCCCGUCUCCCCGUCAUUAUCUUCUUCCACGGCGGCGGCUUCACCUUCCUCGGCGCAGAUUCCAUCGCUUACGACGCCGUUUGCCGCCGAUUCGCUCGGAAUCUCCCCGCAUUGGUCGUCUCCGUCAAUUACCGUCUCACCCCCGAACACCGCUACCCGGCACAGUACGACGACGGAUUUGACGUCCUGAAGUUCCUCGACGACAACCACGAGAAGAUGUUGCCUCCGGUCGCAGAUCUCUCCGGGUGUUUUCUAGCAGGGGAUAGCGCGGGAGCGAACUUGGCUCACCACGUCGCCGUUCGGGCUUGUACGGCCCGGUUUAGGGUUUUGAAAGUUAUCGGGCUGGUAUCGAUACAGCCGUUUUUCGGAGGAGAAGAGAGGACGGAGGCCGAGAGCGGAAUCGUCGGAUCGUUCCUCGUAUCCAUGCCCCGAACGGAUUGGUUGUGGAGAGUGUUUUUGCCGGAGGGAUCGAAUCGAGAUCAUCCGGCAGUCAACGUGAGCGGACCAAAUUGUUUAGAUAUAUCGGGUAUGGCGUUUCCGGAGACGGUGGUGUUCGUGGGCGGGUUUGACCCGCUGAAGGACUGGCAGAGGAGGUACUACGAAUGGCUAAAGAAAUCCGGGAAAGAGGCAAGCUUAAUCGAGUAUCCAAACAUGGUCCAUGCAUUCUACGUGUUCCCGGAAUUGCCGGAGGCAACGCAGUUAAUCAUGCAAGUCAGGGAUUUCGUUACCAAGCUUUUUGCCCGAAGCGAAAGCCCUAGGUUUCACAUUUUCUUCCAUCCAUCACCGAUGCUUCCUGAAUAUGACUACCUUUUCAAACUUCUGCUCAUUGGAGAUUCCGGUGUUGGCAAGUCAUGUCUUCUAUUAAGAUUUGCGGAUGAUGCUUAUAUUGAAAGCUAUAUAAGUACUAUUGGAGUUGAUUUUAAAAUCCGUACAAUCGAGAAGGAUGGAAAGACCAUUAAGCUUCAAAUUUGGGACACUGCUGGUCAAGAACGAUUCCGAACAAUUACUAGCAGCUACUACCGUGGUGCACAUGGGAUUAUCAUUGUAUAUGAUGUUACUGACCAAGAAAGCUUCAAGAACGUAAAGAUGUGGCUGGCAGAAAUCGAGAAUUUUUCAACUGAUAAAGUUAAUAAGCUGUUGAUUGGGAACAAAAGUGAUUUAGGAGACAAGAGAGCAGUCUCAUAUGAUACUGCAAAAUCUUUUGCAGAUGAGAUAGGUAUUCCAUUCUUGGAAACAAGUGCUAAGGACUCUACUAAUGUAGAGCAAGCAUUUAUGACCAUGGCUUCGGAGAUAAAGAAGAGAAUGCCUAGUCAGCCGGGGCUUAGUGGGAAUAGAUCUAUCUCAAUGAACAUGCGUGGGCAACCAAUCAAUCAAAAUACAUCCUGUUGCUCUUGAUUUGCAUCUACCAGUUUCCUUGAGGUGUUCGGUUGUCUAAUUUGUACAGAAGCCUCAACAUGAAGAUUUUUAUUGAUUCAAAGCUUUGAUUUUUCA